AUGAGCACCCCCUUCAACUUCAUGCUAAAUCCAAUAUUUGCCCAUCAACAACACAACCUGGUCCUCAACCGCCACCCUCACAAGACAGCAGCACUCAGCUCUCCCAGCUCGAACAUGAAGUUCUCAACGGGCCUCCCCUUCCUCGCUACCGUUGGGAUCGCGGGCGCCGCCGCUCUCCAACGCAGGGGCUCCGAAAGCGCAAAGGACUUGGACGACGAUACCAAGUAUCUCCAACGCAGGGGCUCCGAAAGCAAAACGGACUUCGACAACGACACCAAGUCCUUGAAAUCCCAAGGCCUCUGUCGCAUGUACGUCGGCGCAGCCGACCCCUCGUAUUCCAGGUUCGAAGACCUGUGCGAGCCGACCUGCGGCGACCUCGUGAAGACCGUAAAUGAGACCGGCAAGCUUGCCAGCGUCAGCUGCGUCGGUUCGGGCGGCCAGGGGAUCCCCACGGACACCGACUACAACGGGCUGCAGUACCAGAUGGGCAUCUGCAAGUGCAACCUGCCCAUCGUCAACUGGGCCGCCGGCGAGUUCAUGGCGGCCCUGCCCGCCAUCGGCAUGGUCGCCUGUUCCGUGUGGCAGCAGGCUAUCGUCUACGGGUUGUCGCUGGCUACGGCUGCCAUUCCGCCCAGUGGUCUCAUCCAGGCUCUGAUCAAGGUCGGUAUGACGAUCUCAAGUGCUGGCAAAGGCGUUUCUACAUUCCAGACCUACGUCGAGCAGCACCUAGCGAAGGGCGACUCUUGCAACCUGAACUUCAAGCAUAUGUUCGAAAUCUUCAGUGGAAUUUCGGACCAGACUCUCUCCAACAUUGGGACCAACUGA